AUGCCUCUCGCCUCGGGCUCGCCGAUCGGUUGGCAGGAACCUCCGCUGGAAGAUGAUGAUUCGACCAACGAAGAUUAUAAUUCACAACGCGAAGAUUCAGAAGAUUACGAUAGUCAAGAUGACGAAUUACAAACAGCCGAGGAGUACGAUGAACGUUUCGAUACGAUAAAUAUAAACAACAAUGAAAAUCUUGCCGAGAAGCAACACAAUUCUGCCGAAAAGCAAAGUAAAACUAAUCAACCAACCGGUGAGUCAACAACGAAGACAGCCGAGAAGAAAAAAAAUGAACAAUCAGAAGGAGCGAAGCUAAAAACUCGUCAGUCGAUAGAGGCGAGGAUAAAAAUCGAAAAUACCGAGGAGCAACUUGAAGAUACCAAGGAGAAGUAUAUUUGUCAACCGAGUACAUCACAGGAAGAUAUCAAAAAUGAGAUUAAGGAAGAAAUUGCCGAGGAGAACACCUCGAGACAAACAAACACAACGAGAAAUGCCGAGGAGCAAAUCAAACUGGCUAAUAGGCCAAAAAUGGAUAACCAGCCAAUUAAGGAGGAGAUAGGCGAAAAUGCCGAGAAGAGCGCCGAGAAGCGUGAUAAACUACCUAAGGAAGAAAAACUUAGACAAUCCGAUGAGGACAACAUUGAAGAACGAAUAGCUGAAAUGGAGAGAGAAAUUAGUGAUAAAAUAAGUGUAAUCAAGAGAGAAGAAGUGGGGGAGCCUUUCAUUGAGAAAGAUGUCUCCUUCAUACACAUCAAGAGGAUUCAAGAAAUAAUCAACAGGAGAUUUAACGGCGACAAUGUCAACAACGACAAUCAACAACGCGAAAAUGCAAAUAAGAAUCUAGAGGACAACGAUUCAUCCGAUGGACAUAGUCGAAAUGACGAAAACGAUAAUAAUCAACCGGAAGAAAACGAAAAUUACAACAGCGACGGAGAAAGAACGAUUGUAUCGUCAGGAGGAUCGAGCAGAUCGUAUAACAGCGAACUAGAAGAAGAAUUAUUCAUGGACAUGCGAGAUCCAAGCAAAAUAGUAUUUUCCGAACAGGAAAGAUUGAAUAUAAUGAGUUACAACGUGAAAUUUAGAAGCAAUCCGGGACAUUGGAUAUGCGAGCCAAUCAACGGCGAGAUAGAAGUCGCAGCGAGCGACGGAUGUGAAGCAACUUUAACGCGGGUGCGCGACACACUGCGUGACGAGCGCCAUAACGGCAGAUUUGAUCGAGCAGCCGUAGUGAACGGACACUCGUUAGCUCAAGUCGGACGAGCGAAAGUGAUACACAGUCAAGUUCGUGAAAUCAACGACAAGAUGGAUCGAGACAAGACGGAUCGAAAUAAAAUUGAUCGAGAACAAAAAAGGUUAGACAGAUGGGAGGAAAACUUGCAGAAGAAAGUGCGAGGUUAUACCCAGCAGAAGAAAAUGCUUGACGUGAGAAGAAAUAGACUAAAGGCCAUGGACGACUUCGAGAGAGAGCUAUCAGCGGUGGAAAGCGACGACAAAGAGUACGAUCGUGAGGAAAUCGCGGCUCAAAGAAGAUCGUUGAGUAUAAUGAAACAGUGCGAGGAAGCACGCGGCCGAAACGUCUUCGACGUAGGGAAAUAUCGCGUAAACGACAGUGAAGGAAACCCAGUGGCCGACGUCAAGGCAAUAUACGUCAUCAGAGACCUGAGACACCAAAGUGACGUGAGAUCAUUUUCUUACGAAAUUAAAACCACGAUAAUACGAGGCACGGCGGAAACGACGAUCAGGGCGCGCGAAGAGGCGACAACUAAGUUUAAGCCAAUCGAAGAGGCCAAAGAGACGAAACAGCCGAGCGAGACACCGAUGCAGAAAACGAUGAUCUUGCCGCAACAAUCGUUGAUACCACAGCAAUUACAACAACAAGAACUACCGCAACUGAUACCAAUGGCGUACCAGCAAACCGGAGGUGGAAAAAAACGCAAGAAAGGCAGCGAAACCAAAGGCAAAGACAGCGCGAAGAAGCCCAACAAACCGAUGGUAAAGUCGUCGAUACAAUUAAAACCGCCAACGAAGAAGCAGAAGACUAGAAAAUCAGCGGAGAAGGCCAGAAUCAAGAUAAAACAAACUUCCAAGGAAGACGAACACUCGAGCGGAUUCGACGACAAACAACAACUACCAACCAGAGUCGACCAGAUCAAGAAAUCCGUGUCGAGUAAAAUACUCAUCAAGGAUUUGCCGAGGAGGAUGAAAUCGAUGGCUGCACCACCGAUUCCAGAGUCGACUCCUGAGCGAAGCGGCGGAGAGUGCCAGCCAAUCACGGCAGCCCAGGCGUCCGAAGUAGCGCGAGGCAUGGCGGAGCCGUCGACCGAACCAGGGGAACCGGCCAAUCAGGGGGUUGAGAACAUAGAAGGCGCGGAAGACUGUAGUUUCAAGAGUGUUGCCAGCACUCAGAUCCUCUCGCCUAUUGAAGACAUAAUCUCCAUACGCUUCGGUCAAGGUCAGCCAAGCGAAACUCAGCCCGCUGGACACGGCGAGGCACAGGAACAAGGUCAUCCGACCGCACAGCCCGCUGGUAUCGGCGAGGCGCGUCGACAGGGAGAAGCCGGUCAACCGGGGGACACCGAGGACGACGCGGUCAACUUUGGCCACAUGAGCCAGAAACAGGCGACGGACCAAUAA